AUGCGUAUCCAAGAGCAUAUUGAUGCGGUGCCGAAGGAGUUGAAUGAUUUACAGGCGUCUUGUCUCCAGGUCCUGCAAGAGGCUUUGUGUCUGGUCGAGUUCCCCAAGUGUAAAGGACAGACGCAACAAGUCCUCCCAGUCUGUCAUUCCGUCAGGGAGCGUGUAGAGAGGAUCUGCUCAGAACCAUUCCAGAAACCGCACGCGGAGGGAUCGACUAACAACGACGAGAACGAUGAGGCAUCGAUCACUAUAGCAAGGAUCCGGAACCAACUCUUCCCCCCCGCAGCAUUGAACCCCAAGCGAUGGGCUGCCUCGGCUGCUGUACAGGAGCCCGACUGCGUCUCGUGGGAUGACCAUGGGCUUGGAUCUGCACCAAUUGAUAAUAUCCGUAUUGUCAAUGAUCUGGUUGACGAUCCGGCUGUUGAUGAUGAGGCUAAGGUUGGAGAUGUGUUGGUGAGGAAUGCUUUGGAGACGCGACAUUUGAGUCGUCGGGAAAGGGGGUCUAAGAAGCAUCAUCACCAUCACCACCACAAGGCGCAGAAGCGUGAUGCCAGCUCUGUCUCGUCGGAAAAGGAAGAGAAUAAGAAGGCGGAGGCAAAGGCGGUUGUUGCGCCACAGAUCGCCAUCCAUGCCGACACGCCUUCUGCCCAGGGUACAUAUGCGAUCGACAAGGACGAGCCCAAAUUCAGCAUCUCCAAGCCUGCCGCUGUUGCUGCUGACAAGGGCAAGAAGGUCGAUGAUUCUAAGGUCCUUGUCCAUGAGACCUUGGGUCACUCCGAGUCUUCUGGCGACAGCCCAGGCCAGCGGGUCCUGAUCCAGGGUGGAUCUAGUGACAAUGCCGAUCCCGCCAAGUCUGUCGAGAACUUGGGCAAAGCCAGCGAGGGUCAUCCUGUCGACAAGGAUGCGGGAGAGGCUGCAGGUGGCGAUACGCACACUAACAAAGGGACUGUCUUGUUGGCAGCGGUUCCGAUCUUGUUGGUCAUGGGUGCCAUUGCUGGGUUCACGAUCUACCGUCGGUACCAUGAGAACAGCUUCAACCAAGGUGGACGGAAUGAUUCUCGAGAUGAUCAUCCCAACGACGGCUACCACCAGCGAGAUCUGCCGAUAAGGAAGGGGUCGCCGAUUCAUUUCGACCGCACAUUCCUGAAUACCAUGCACUCCCCGCCCCCAACAGCAACAUACCUUCACGAUCCCGACAGCCCCAGUCGCAACUACCACCAACACUCCCCAACCUCCAUCGCCGCCGGUAACUCACUCAAGCGCCCUACACCCUCUGCGGGAUCCGUAGGCAAGAACCGGUUCCAGGAACUCUCGCGCAGCUAUGAUUUCGGAGCCGGCUUACGGUCUAUCAAGAAUGCACUUACGAGAAGUGGAAAUAACUCUAGGGAGGGUGCGUUGAACCACACUGGGAAUGGAAGUGGGUCUGGGUCAGCGGGUUCUCUGAGUGGAAGGAAUUCGAGCCAGUAUGCGGGAGCGUUUGGGGCGGGUGGGCACUCGAUUGCCAAGAUUGGGUCGCAUCCGGGCUUGAACGCGUCAGAGAGGCAGCAGCUUCAGGCGCAGUUUGGAAGUGGUAUUGGUGGAUCUGGAUCUUCGUCUUCGGCGGCUGUAGCAGCAGCGCGGUUCCCUGAUGUUCAUAACACGGCCGCACAGGAGCACUCGAUUGUCUGGGGACAGUACUCAGCCAACGAUGAACAUGAUGUCUACCAUGAUGUCAGCUCCGCCUUGGCCUCGAGCCUUGGAGCAGCUCGCAAGUCUGGAUCGACCAACUCGUUGACCAUGCUGAACAGUAGCGGCAAGUACAGCCAUCACCACCGCCAGCGAUCGUCGGACCGACAACAGCAGCAGCAGCGUGCAGGCUCACCCCGCGACAGUAUCGGCGACUUUCUCGCACCGGAGUCGCCUUCAAUGCUCACCCGCGAAGAACUCAUGCGCCGUCGAGACCUCUACUCCGAAGGCUACACUUUUGGAUCCGAGACAGCCUCUAUCAGCGACGACGCACAUUCCGGAACCGACCUCCUCUUUGAUGCCCGCGACAAUUUCUUUGACCUCGGCGGGUCCGAGAAGAUUGCAGCCGCCGCCGCCGCCUCGGCCCAUAUGAUUGACGAGGAGAUGGACAUGUACCUCGAAAUGGAGAAGGAGGAGUCCCCCUUCGUUGUGGACGAUUAUAACUCGAUGAACCCGAGCCCCUAUGAGCCCAAAGUCCUGACGCGACAGAUGCUUGAGCGCCGCCAGUCGAUCCAGAAGACUGCUGCCUUGAGGGAGAAGGAGAUCUCGGAAAAGUCUACCAUCGUUGCGACGGAUGUUGGGAAUGAUGAGGCUGCGGCGAAGGUGGCGAGGUUACAGUCGAAGAAGGAUAAGCGCAAGUUGGCAAAACAGGCCAAGAAGCAACACAAGCAGCAGGGAACCGCAACAAAGAUGGAGGAGGUGUUUGAUGAGAAGCAGGCGAUGCAGGCUCAGGAUGAUGCUGCGGUGGUGACGGAUACUGAGGCGGAGCAGGCGACACAUGUUCUUGGAUGCGAUUCUCCAGACUGGAGGGAGUAG